UGCGCCGAACUGCUUCGAGACGGUUGGAAUUCCAAUGGCAUAUACACCAUCAAUCCAGAUGGUGGCAAUUCAAUCCAAGUGUUGUGUGACAUGACAACAGACGGUGGAGGUUGGACCGUUGUUCAGAGACGUUUGGACGGCUCGGUUGACUUUUAUCUUGGAUGGGAAUCCUACAAAAACGGCUUUGGAAAUCUGAAUGGCGAGUUCUGGCUUGGAAACGACAAUCUCCACCGUUUCACAACCACUUAUGACGUCAUGCUGAGAGUUGACCUUGAAGACUUUCAUGGCGAGAUCACUUACGCUGAGUACACGACUUUUAAGGUGGCAGACGAGGCUGAUAAGUAUCGACUUUUGAUUGGAGGAUACAAUGGCACCGCUGGCGACUCUAUGACAUACCAUAGCAAUAUGCAGUUUUCUACGAAUGACCAAGACAAUGAUCAUGGUUUUUAUAAUUACGUGUCCAACUGCGCCGAACACUACAAGGGAGCUUGGUGGUACAACAACUGCCAUAGGUCCAAUCUGAAUGGAUUGUACCACAAUGGCUCCGAAGCCUCUUACGGUAAAGGAGUCAACUGGCUCACUUUCCGGGGCUAUUACUACUCACUAAAACGCACUGAGAUGAAAAUAAAAUCAAGGGCAUAA